AUGCGGCCGCAGGCGCUGGUCGAGCUGCUCUUCUCGGUGGUGCUGCUCCCGGGUGUGGACGUGCUGCUCACUGUUGUACUUCUGGGUCUGCGUGUGGAUGUCCGCGUCUGGGUGUUGCUGGUCUCGGUCGUGCUCGUCACACUCGUAGAGAUGCUCUCAAGCGUACUGCUCGCCGACGUGCUAGGCGUAGUGUUGCUGCUGGUCUCGGUCGUACUCGUCACCCUCGUGGUGCUGCUCUCGGUCGUACUGCUCGUCGACGUGCUGGGCGUAGUGGUGCUGCUGGUCUCGGUUGUGCUCGCCCCCCCCGUGGUGCUGCUUGCGGUCGUGCUGCUCGCCGACGUGUUUGGCGUGGUUGUGCUGGUCUCGGGCGUGCUCGUCACAGUACCACUUGCGCUCGUCCCGACCGUGAUGCUGCUGGCGGCGGUUCUGCUCACCGACGUGCUGGGCGUAGUGAUGCUGCUGGUCUCGGUCGUGCUCGUCACACUCGUGGAGCUGCUCUCGGUCCUACUGCUCGCUGACGUGCUAGGCGUCGUGGUCCUUCUGGUCUCCCUCGCGCUCGUCCCCCUCGUCGUGCUGCUCUCGGUCGUACUGCUCGCCCACGUGCUGGGCGUAGUGGCGCUGCUGGUAUCCGUCGGACUCGUCAUGCUCGUGGUGCUGCUCUCGCUUGUAUUUCUCUCCGAUGUGCUGGGCGCAGGGGUGCUGCUGGUGGCGUUCGUACUCGCGUUUCUCGUGGUGCUGCUCUCGCUCGUACUGGUCGCCGACGUGCUGGGUGCAAAGGUGCCUUGGGUACUAGUCGUACCCGUCUUGCUCGUGGUGCUACUUUCGGUCGUAGUACUCUCCAACGUGCUUGGCGUAAUGAUGCUGCUGGUUCCGGUCGUACUCAUCAUACUCGUGGUGCUUCUCUCGGUCGUCCUGCUUGCCGACGUGCUUGGCGUCGUGGCGCGACAGGUAGCGGUCGUGCUCGUCCCCCUCGUGGUGCUGCUCUUGGUCGUACUGCUCGCCGACGCGCUGGGCGUGGCGGUGCUGCUGGCACCAUUUGUGCUCGUCCCGGACGUGAUGCUGCUGGCGGUGGUUCUGCUCGCCGACGUGCUGGGCGUAGUGGUGCUGCUGGUCUCGGUCGUGCUCGUCACACUCGCGGAGAUGCUCUCAAGCGUACUGCUCGCCGACGUGCUAGGCCUAGCAUUGCUGCUGGUCUCGGUCGUGCUUGUCACCCUCGUGGGGCUGCUUUUGGUCGUACUGCUCGCCGACGUGCUGGGCGUAGUGGUGAUGCUUGUGCCGGUCGUGCUCGUCCGCAUCGUGGAGCUGCUUUCGGUCGUACUGCUCGCCGACGUGUUGGGCGUGGUUGUGCUGCUGUUCUCGGUCGUGCUCGUCAGCGUAGGGGUGCCGCUGGUACAGGUCGCACUCAUCAUACUCGUGGUGCUGCUUUCAGUCGUACUGCUCGCCGACGUGCUGGGCGUAGGGGUGACGCUGGUACUGGUCGUCCUCGUCAUACUCAUGGUGCCGGUCUCGGUUGUACUGCUCGCCGUCGAGCUGGGCGUGGUGGUUCUGCCGGUGCCGGUCGUGCUCGUCACUCUCGCGGUGCUGCACUCGGUCAUACUGCUCGCCGACGUGCUGGGCGUAGUGGUAUUGCUGGCGCCGGUUGUGCUCGUCCCACUCGUGGUACCGCUUUCGGUCGUACUGCUCGCCGACUUGCUGUGCGUGGUAGUGUUGCUGGUGCCCGUCGUGCUCGUCCCACUCCCGGCGCUGCUUUCGGUCGGACUGCUCGCCGACGUGCUGGGCGUAGUGGUGCUGCCAGUCUCGGUCGUGCCCGUCACACUCGCGGUGCUGCUCUCGGUCACUAAUUGCCCUGAUCGUCGUAACUUCGAGUGCCGCAACGACUGGGAACGUGAACAACAAGCCGUGGGAAAUAUGUUGCGAGACAGGCCGCCAUUGCGCGUCGCGCAGCAUAAGGCAGAGCUCAUGAAGGUCAUGGAGAGGUUCGGCAUGGAUCCGACUCUGCCGCGCGAUGGGCAAAUUACCAAGGUGUCAAUAUGGUUCUCUACAGCCCUACGCCAUAGUCCGUAUUGGAAGGACGGAUUCAGCCGACACUUCGAAAAGAUUAGCACUUUCGAUCCAUACGAUGGCUGGGCUGUUGUUGACGAUUUGCUGACAAACUGGACUGAACAUGAUCAGUGGAAAGGCUAUCGUGAAAUGCACGAGGUGCUGAUCAAGGGCAGGCCCCACACGUCAUACGUGUAUUGGGUGCUGCUAAACUGCUGUGAGAUGAUUGACCAUCACGGCAUGCAGAAGGGCAGGCUCCAGAUGAAGUGCGUUGAUGACAGCAUGCUGCUGCCUCCCAGCCCGCGCUCGCGCAGCGGUCGGCCGGCCGUGGCGCCGACCCUGCCUGAGGGAGCCCGCGUGCACCGGGAGCCGCCGCUGGCGACGGCGCGGCGCAGCGCGGCCUCGCACCGCCCCGAGGCCUCGGCGGCGCACGGUGCGCCGCUAGCACGGCUGCCCGCGGGCCGCAGCGCCGCUGGGCGCGGCGCCGCUGCGGGCUCGCGCGCGAUGGGUGCGGAUAGGGUCGAGGUGCCGGAUGGCGAGGUGAAGAAGGGGGCGAAGUUGUUCAAGGCAAAGUGCGCGCAGUGUCACACGAUCGAGAAGGGCGGUAAUGCCAAGCAAGGCCCGCCCCUGUGGGGCGUCUUCGGCCGGCAGUCUGGCACCCUGGAGGGCUUCGCCUAUUCCGAGGCCAACAAGAACUCCGGGAUCAUCUGGUCGCACAUGUACGAGUACCUCGUCAACCCGAAAAAGUAUAUUCCCGGCACGAAGAUGGUCUUCGCGGGCAUCAAGAAGGAGAAAGAGCGCGCGGAUUUGAUCGCCUACAUGGCGACGUGUGGUUGA